AAACACUGGCACUGUGACAGUCUAGCUAGCAACCAUGGCCUCCAUAGUACUAAAAUCUCUAUCUGUAUUACUGGGUAUAUUCUUUAUUUUUGUAGGCACAACGAAAUUAACUCCAAAGAUCAGCAAGGAACUCCAUAAAGACCUCAGGAAAGAGUUCGCGCGGUACAGCAAGGUGUUUCCACUCUCCCAGACUCUGGAGUUUAAAAUCCCAUCCAAGUGGUACAGACGUACCGUGGGCGGCCUCGAGGUGCUCUGUGGCUUCUGUCUAACCUUCAUUCCCUCCAAAAGAAUUAAGCAGUCCGCUAACUUAGUGUUGGCAGCCAUGAUGCUCUUCGCCACCUACAACCACUGGAUGGUCGGGGACAAGUUUGAGAGACUAGCGCCCUCCCUGGUGUUCUUCUUCAUGUUGACAUGCAGAUUGAUCGUGGAAUACCAGAUACGCAGGAAGGAGAGGAUGGACAAAUUGGGCAUCAAGAAACCUAGCGGUACUGAGACUAAAGACACAACAAGUGCGACAACUUCUACUCCCGCUGCCCAACACAACAACAUCAAGAAACAUCUCUAGUUUCUUCACAUUGACUUAAACAUUAAUACAAGCUGCUUAAAACUAAAGUUAGUCUUUUCUACAAAUUUUUAGAAACAAGACACUUUAUAAAAGACAAAAUCCAGAUGAUGGAAUUGGAUUUCAUGGACAAUUUUGCCUCGUGUAUUUCGAAAAUAAUAAAUUUUUAAUAUAUCUUAGAAACGAAGCCUUUAUAAAAAAAUAUAUAUAAAAGUUUAUGUGAAUACAAUUAAUGACCAUUAUACAAAAUAUGCUGAAAAAAAUAUGGAGCUAAUCACAUCUGUAAAUAUAAUUAUCUAAGUAGACAUAAUACAAGUGUAUAUAGUAAUUUGUUUUGGUGUGUGGGCCCAUGAGUGUGCUCAAUCAGUGAAAGUAUUACCAAGAACCAGCUUCACAGUACCAAAGAUUACCUCGUCUCAUUGCCAAGACAUGUUUAUAUUAGUGCAGAAGAAAAAUCAGUUUUGAAAUAAUUCAUAACAUCCAUAAUUAAUAUUUCUUACAUUUGAUGACAGUAUUUUAUAUAUAACUUACCGUGGGUGGCUGAGGAUGUAUGCAAAUCAGUUGUUAAUUAGUUAAGUUAGAAACUAUUUAGAACUGUUUAUCAUGAAAUGAUAAUGAACAGAAGGUUAAAUAGCGCGAAGAAACUCGCCGCUAUGAUGACACAACACCUGACUACAUGAGUGACUAGCAACACAUACACACACACGGGGCCAGGAGCUGAGACUCGACCCCUGCAACCACAACUACGUGAGUAGAUGAGUACACACACAUAUAGGAGCCAGGGAUCAUGUGGUACUGAGCAUUAAGUACUUGUUGGAAGAGGGAAUGGAGAAAGCAAGUAACAGAAAAUGGGACUACAGAAGAGAGGACUACGAUGUCAUUAGAAUUUUUUGAGAGAAGAGUACUGGGACAGGGAACUGGAAGGCAGACCUGCACAAGAAAUGAUGAAGGUAAUAGAGCCAAAGUGCCCAGAGGCAAAGAUGAGAUUUAUAUCAAGCAUGAAGAAAGAAAAUAGGAAAAACAGAGAGCCAAAGCAUAUAGAGAGACCAAAGGGAGGAACAAGAGGCCUUGGAAAAAAUAGAACAAACCUCAGAAUAGCAUUCAGGAAUUUGAAUAAAGAAUAUUCAAUUUCUCUAGCACGUGAAGAAACAGGAAAAGGUCCAGAGGUUUUCAACCAGACGGUUAGUACCAGAGCUGAGGAAUGCACUUUGAGGAAAGGUUGGAAGAGCUGAAUUUGACGACCUUAGAGGAGAGGACAAGGGGUUACAAUACUACGUACAAAAUCUUAAAAAGAACUGAUAGGCUGAUAGGGACAGAUUGUUUGAAUUAAGCGGACCAGGAUCAAGGGGACACAGGUGGAAGCUGAAGAUGCAGAUGAAUCAUUCACAUGGAUGUAUUUCUUUAGUUUCAGGAUGGUUGAAAAGUGGAAUGAUUUGGAUGAGGUAGCAGCGGAAGCAAACUCAACACCGGUUUGAGAGUAGAUAUGUUAAGGCCGUAAGAGGCCAGGAGAUAAGUAUCGACCCCGGCAAACACAAAUAAGUGAAUACACACACACACACGCAGCAUGGAAUUCUCUCUGCCAGGUUAACAACAGUACAAGACUGGUCCCGGAAUAGUAAGCGCUGGUACACCAAGACAGGUUAAUUCCUGCAUUACUAAAAAACACUUACACCCAGAGGAGAUCAUAAAAAUUUAUAAAAUGUUCGGAGACAGAUAAAGUUGAAAGAGAAAGCCUUUUUUUCUAGAUGGGAGGAAAGAGACCAAGGAAACAAUUGGAACUUGGAACUUCAAAUAUUCGUAGGAGCAUACGAAGGAAUUCCUUCAGUGUGAAGUAUUGACCAAUUGAAAUGUAAUUAAAAAGGUGUUUGUUGGAGGAUAACUCAGUUCAUGGAUGAAACAAAUAUAACGGAAAAAGCAGGUAGAAAACGUGCAAAAUCGGAGCUCAAGAGCUAGUGCUCAACCCACACAGACAUAGAUGAAUACACAUGUUGCUUAGGAAAUUCACCUUGAGGAGAAAACCAGAGAGACAGAGACAGAGGGACAGACGAACAGAGAGACAGACAGACAAAGUUGUUGUAGCCAUCUCCUAUCUAUUUGAUGAGUAUGGGACGACUACCGAUCGCAGGAUGGGUAUGGGAUGAGUACCGAUCGCAGGAUGGGUAUGGGAUGAGUGCCGAUCGCAGGAUGGGUAUGGGAUGAGUAAUGAUAGGAUGGGUAUGGAUGCCUCAGAGAAAGACAUGGUUGACGUAACUUGUGGUUGAACUAUGACUGUCAACAAGCAAGUAAUGGGAAAAAAUCAUGUAAGCAAAAGGAGAACUUUUAUUGAUAUAUUUUUCAAGAGACUCGUAGAUAAAAUGUUGUGUUAAUAAAAGUCUCCUUUUACUAAAUCUGUUUCGUUCCAACUCAACGAGAGACUUAAUGAGCCAACAUGGACUUGAUUCACUGCUUAUCAACGUGAGUCCCAGUUACAUACCUGCUGUCUCCAUACUUACCAACACUGUCUUGUUAUAGUGUUGGUACUUCACAAUAGUGUUGACACUGCGCUACCAUCUUUCACUGUAGUUUAAAAGCACCAAUAUUCUGCGGAGUCAGUCACUCUCUCUCUCUCUCUCUCUCUCUCUCUCUCUCUCUCUCUCUCUCUCUCUCUCUCUCUCUCUCUCUCUGUGUGUGUGUGUGUGUGUGUGUGUGUGUGUGUAAUACUCUGACAUAAUACAAUUAUUAAUACUGAAGUGAAAGCUGUAAUCAAAUAAUACUGGAAUUGUACAUAUUUAAUAACGUUCCUCCCUGACCUAUACCACUGAGGUUACUUACCAAG